UAUAAAGAUGUGGAGUGCUUACUACGUUGCAGCCGGACUGUUCCUUUUUUUCAACCUGGAUGUAGUCGAACUGGUACCAGAAACGAACUAUUGUACUUUAAAAAACUGUCCAGCCGACAAGGAAUUACCACAUAUUGGAUGCAAUAAUGAGGGAAACUGGUCAUCACAGUGUGGAACGGAGCCAAAGAUAGUUUCCUUAUCCAGGAUAACUCGGAAUUUCAUCUUACACUAUCACAACACAUAUCGAGAUAUUGUGGCCGGGAGCAGAUUCCAUAGGCUACCGAUCGCAGCACGCAUGCUUAAAAUGAAGUGGGAUCGCGAACUGGCAUAUUUGGCCGAGCUCCUUGUGAAACGCUGCGAUCUGCAGCCCACAAAACACUGCAUUUCCACGAAAGUAUUCUCCUCUCCGGGAUACCAGGCGGUCUAUAAUAAGUUCAAGGCGGACACUAGUAAACUUAAGAUAAUAAGAUCACAGCUGAAUGCGUGGUACGAUCAGUAUAAGCACGUCUCUGCGCCCAGUUUAAUAGAUGGAUUGUCCACUGAUAACAAAGAGAUUGGACACUUCCUCAGAAUGAUGGUGGGCCCAAGUAACCGAUUAGGCUGCGCCAUAGCCAGAAUCAAAAAAGAUAAAUGGAUCCAUCAAUGGAUGUCCUGCCUGUAUAGCUGUUCGCCCAAGAAACACUCCCUAUUAUAUGAAUAUUCUGCUAAGCCCGCAAUGUAUUGUAGCACCGGUGUUGAUGGAAGGUUCCAACAUCUUUGCAACGUCUCAGAGCCUGUGGUAGAUUGCAAGCAUUCUGCGUUGUUCAAGGCAGUCGUUACUAACGAUACUGCAUCGAUUAUCAGGGGCAUGAUGAGCAAACAAGUCAAGUCCAGGACUCUUUGUGGUAUCUGCGGUAUUUGCUGCCAGUGGUGGGAUUGGGCGAAAGGUACUUGGGGUCUGGUAAAGAAUACUUGGAAUACCAUUGUCGGUGGUAGUGGGGGUGGUAGUGGUGGUGGAGGUGAAGAUGAAGGUGAGGAUGAAGGUGAAGAAUGAGUUCCAUAUUAGAGU